GCCUCCUCCAGUCGCCAGCAAUCUGCGUCGCGCUCGCCGAUGCCCUCUUCUUCUAGGGCCACCUCGAGGUCGCGUUCACCCUCAGUCCUUCGCACGGACACGCCGCUACCGCGGGAAUGCUGGACCGACGAAGACGGAACGCCGGGGCCGUCCUGCUUGACCUCGGAGGCUGUCGUGCGGGAUCUAAUGAAGACGUACAAGUCAUGCUUCAAUAAUCCGAACGACCCAAACGAUAAAUCCUUUGAGCCUGACCCAGAAAACUACCCUGCUGUCGAGCUUGAAUACCCGAAUACUGGAGCAUCAGAAAAGUUUGUCUUAUUGGCACCCAAGGAUCCGGACCACUAUAAUCCCAUAAUGUGCUUAGAGAGUACCCUGCACACAAUAUUGAAAGACUAUCUUACACCACAGCAACGUGCAAUGUUCGGCACAUUGCCUGAUGAAUGUUUCGCUGACGAUGAGGCACAUGUAUACACUUCAUCUGCGCCGCCCAGGGUUGUAGUUGAAACCGAAGUCUCCUCGCCCUCUCCGCCGCUAUCCUCAGCAUCAUCACCUGCACCUUCUGUGUCGGACGCGUCCUCCGCGACGUCCUCAUCCUCGCUAUUUUCUUCAGUCUCGGCAGUCUCAUCUAUCUCCUCGCUUUCAUCUAUUUGCUCGAUGUCUUCUUUCACGGACUUAUCCAACCACGCUACACCGUGUGCUUCGGGACCGCCCACGGUCGACUACCUUCGUCUCCUCCAGCGGGCUAUCAACAAGCACGAUGGGCCUCUCUUCCUGAAGGCCAUGAACGCGAUUAACGCGCUCCUCCGUCUACUCAAAUACCCACCGCUGCCCGCGGACCCCUUCGAAGCUCUCCCUCCGAACGAAUUCCGAGAAGCCGUGAAGACCUGGGGCUCCAUUCCCCAAGGCGUCAUUGAACGCGUCGUCGAGGAAGUGUACCAGCGCGCAGUCGGGCCGAACGUCGCUCAACUGCGACGCUACCAGGCUUUCUCCUCGGAGGCCUACGGCGAGCUCAUGCCCACUUUGGUCUCGCGGAUCAUUCGAGACACGGGUCUACACGAGGGCUCGCUCUUCCUCGACCUCGGCUCAGGCGUCGGCAACGUCGUUCUACAGGCGAGCCUCCAGACGGGGUGCACGAGCUAUGGGAUCGAGUACAUGGCCCAACCAGCAAAAUUGGCGAGGAGUCAGCUCGAGCAAUUUCGUACACGGUGCCGGAUGUGGGGCUUCAGGAUGGGCGAGGUCGAGUUAGAGGAGGGGGAUAUGCUGAAGAGCAAGCGCGUGGAUGAGUUGAUACCCAAGGCGGAUGUCGUCCUUGUGAAUAAUAGGGUGUUUGGUCCUUCGCUCAACGAGGCGAUACGCCCGAAGUUCCUAGACUUGAAGGAGGGCGCCAUCGUUGUCUCCCUUCAGGAAUUCGCCCCGCUAUCCGGCGUGACGGAGCGCAAUGUGAGUAACAGCGUACUUCAAGUUAUGCUGGACGACAUUAGCGCCAUCUUCCAGGUAACGAAGAAAAACUAUUAUCCCGGCCAUGUGUCCUGGCACGGCCAGGGUGGCGACUAUUACCUGCACCGCGUAGACCGCAAGUGCUAUGCCAGCAUCAAGCAGCAGUUUGAGAGUACCACUGGUACGCGGACUAAGCCCAUGCGGAGCUCUCGUCUGCGACGAUGACACUCGCUAGGCUGGACUCGUCUCACUCGCUGGACUGCCGUCUCAUCACUGGACUGCAUCUGCUAUCCAACAUGGAUUCUAGACGCCGGAUGGUUCCUACUCGCAUGCUCAUUGUUCAAUGUUUUUGUACGACGUGUUUUGCUCUCUACUCACCUAGCAUCGAAUUGCUUUCUGCUCACACUCGCAGUGUUGUAUUGUUAUCUUUAUUGUCGUUAUCGUUGCGUAGUCUAGUCGAUGCGAAGUAGUGUACUCUAAUGUAUAAAACCUCCUGUGUCCGUGGGGGCAAGGGCUUUCUUGGAACCGACAUAUAUCACUGUGUUUGUCUGGCAU